CUCCAAACACCACCACCAAAAACAAACCUUUCUCACUUUGACAAUGGGUCGCGAGAUUGUCCACAUCCAAACCGGCCAAUGCGGCAACCAGAUCGGCACCAAGUUCUGGGAAGUCAUCUCGGGCGAGCACGGCCUCGAUGGCACUGGCACGUACGUUGGCGACAACCCGCUCCAGCUCGAGCGCUCGGAUGUCUACUUUAACGAGUCUGGCAACGGCCGCUACGUCCCCCGCGCUGUGCUCGUCGAUCUCGAGCCCGGCACCAUGGACGCCAUCCGCGGUGGCCCGCUCGGCCAGCUCUUCCGCCCGGACAACUUUGUCUUUGGCCAGAGCGGCGCUGGUAACAACUGGGCCAAGGGUCACUACACUGAGGGCGCCGAGCUCAUCGAGCCCAUCCUCGACGUCGUUCGCAAGGAGGCUGAGGGCUGCGACUCGCUCCAGGGCUUCCAGAUCACCCACUCGCUCGGCGGUGGCACGGGCUCUGGUCUCGGCACGCUCCUGAUCUCCAAGAUCCACGAAGAGUUCCCCGAUCGCAUCCUCACCUCGUACUCGGUCGUCCCUUCGCCCAAGGUUUCGGAUGCCGUCGUUGAGCCCUACAACGCCACCCUUUCCAUCCACCAGCUGGUCGAGAACACCGACAUGACCUUCUGCAUUGAUAACGAGGCCUUGUACGAGAUCUGCUUCAACACCCUCAAGCUCACCACCCCCAACUAUGCCGAUCUCAACCAUCUCGUCUCCAACACCAUGUCGGGUGUCACCACCUGCCUGCGCUUCCCCGGUCAGCUCAACGCCGAUCUCCGCAAGCUUGCCGUCAACCUCGUGCCCUUCCCCCGUCUGCACUUCUUCAUGCCCGGCUUUGCUCCUCUGACUGCCCGCAACGUCCAGUCCUUCCGCAACGUCACCGUCGCCGAGCUCACUCAGCAAAUGUUCAACGCCAAGAACAUGAUGGCUGCCUGCGACCCCCGCCACGGCCGCUACCUCACCGUUGCUGCCAUGUUCCGCGGCAAGAUCUCCAUGAAGGACGUCGACGACCAGAUGCUUGCCAUCCAGAACAAGAACUCGUCGUACUUUGUCGACUGGAUUCCCAACAACGUCAAGACUGCCGUCUGCGACGUUCCGCCAAAGGGUCUUAACAUGUCUGCCACCUUCAUUGGCAACAACACUGCCAUCCAGCAGCUGUUCAAGCGUGUUAGCGAGCAGUUCACUGCCAUGUUCCGUCGCAAGGCUUUCUUGCACUGGUACACUUCUGAGGGCAUGGACGAGAUGGAAUUCACUGAGGCCGAGUCCAACCUCAACGAUCUCGUCUCCGAGUACCAGCAGUACCAAGAGGCAACCGCUGAGGACGACCACGUUGAGGGCGAGCAGGACGCAUCUGCUAUUGCCGAGGCUUAAACGGUGCAUCUCGCCUUGACUGCAUCCUUUUUAGACUUGCCGCAACCAACUACAUACACCCCACACAUCUCUCCCCCCCCCCCAAAAAAAAACACCCCCGUCGACACGAUCCCCUUGCCGCCUCUGGAGCAUGCUCUUCGUUGUCAUUGCGUUGAUUACUUUUUGAUAGCAUUAAAACAAAACAAAAAACAAAACAAA